UUUUCUCUUGUCAUUACUUGGAAAAAAAAAAAAAGAUGUAAUGAAGCUCCUGGGAAAAUGUGGAUUUUGUUUCCUCCACAUCUGUCCACCAAUGUAGUGAUUGUCCACAAUGAACGAGAAGCGGCUGUGGAAUCCGGAUAUCGUGUGGAGCUCGAUUCAUUCAAUGGUCAACCAUUAACCGGGUACACGAAACUUUAGUGGGAAAGAUUCUGAGCAAUUAGACCAAGGAUCGAUAUAAGAAAGUAGCUGUGGCAUGUGGGUACCCUUCAUUUCGCGGGACCUAUUGUGACUAUUCUAGCAAAAUCGAACUGCUCCCAAGUCCCAACUACCUGCGCCCUGCACAGAACACAGGGACCUCUAAAGAUUCCAUGGCUUCCACUGCAGCAACCUUAUCAUUCUUCACUUCACUCCCCGUUCCAUCUCGCAAACCCCAGCCUACCCUUCCCAAUUCUCCCUUUCCUCGUAAACUGGUAUGUAUUCCAACGCCGCCCAUCGCGGCCGCAAAAAACCCGGUGAAUUAUGGCGUCGCCGGUCUCGUUGGGGCCGGACUGGUUCUGACCGUCAUUGAACCCGCCUUCGCAGUGAACCUACCUCUGGUGGGUGAGCUCAGCGAGCCCGCUAACGCGCUCUCUUUGCCCACCUGGGCUGUCCACGUGUCGAGCGUUGUGGAGUGGGUUACAGCAAUGGCAUUGGUGUGGCAGUACGGGGAGAAAUCUGGGUUUGAAACCUGGAAGGGGCUCUCUUGGGGUAUGGUACCUUUGCUUGGUGGAGCUCUUUGUGCAUGCACAUGGCAUUUCUUCUACAAUGCAGAGUCUCUAGAGGUACUGGUGGCUCUUCAAGCUGCUUUGACUGUAAUUGGUAACGCCACAAUGGCCAUUGCCGCGUUUCGAAUUUUCAGAGAAUCGGAGGAACGUGCUAAGGAUUUUUGAACACACAUGGUUCCAGAUUAUGCACUCUUUUGUGUGCAACAGCAGGAUUCAAACUGCUUCCUCCAACUUGAAGAUGGACUAGAGAUUGAUUUGGUGAGCUGUGAAGUGGAUGGAAGGGGGAAUGCUUUUGUUGGUGAAUAGAGUGUUGACUUAUUCAUUGCUGUAGUAAAAUGGUUGGAUGCAGAUUGAUCAUCAUAGCUGGUGAGUUUGUCAAUCACAGACGCUGAGGCUUUGUAAAAUAUUAAACUACUCAAAAUUUUCAUUUUGUCCUCGUUAUUUUUGUAAAUAUCUUUGAUUAAUAAGUGAGGAAGCAAUUGCAGCCAUGGCUGACAUUCCGUGUUUACUUUUGACAACUUCAUUUAACAUUUGAGCUGUUUAGGUGGCUGUUUGUUUCAGCUUGCAAUCAAACAUUUCAGAAAUGUGGAAGUAGUAGUUUGACUAUUACUUCCAGGGUUAGUUAUCCAUCUCCCGGCUAGAUAAUGUCAAGUUAACUCUCCUGACAGCCAUUUUAAUAAGCCUUUGCAUGCUGCUGCAGUUCAUGGUUGAGAAAAACAUGUGUCUUGUUGGAGUUAUGUAGGGUAGGCAUGAUUAUUGCAGUACAU